AUGAGUGAGAGUGAUACUGAACACACCGCGUCGUCACAGCCCGCAGACCACGGUGAGCACCAUGCACGUAGGACUAAGGGCGUGUCGAGUACAAAGGUCGAGCCGGCGGAGGUGCACCGCGUCGCUUUGCGCCUGCCCCCAUUUUGGCCCGAAGAGCCCGAUAUUUGGUUCGCGCAAAUAGAGGCGCAGUUUGAGAACGCAGGGCCCCAAAGCACCCUAGAGGCGCUAGCCGAGCUGGCUGACCGCGUCCAGGAUAUCGUGGCGCCGACGAACCACGUUGCAGCAACUUCGGCGACAGGUCCCUCGGCCAGCGAGAUGGCAGCUGAGAUCGCCGAUCUUAAGCGCGCGAUGAACGACCUAACGCUGUAG